UGAUAUCUGAUACAUUGUGGAAUUGUCCUUUUAAAGUUGAGAAAGUGACCUGUCGGGGGGGGGGGUAAGUGGCAACUGUCCCGUGGACGCAAAAAGCAGGGGAAACAAAUCGGCAGGCACCGGCAAGCAUGUCUGGCUCGGUACCGUUCUACCGCAAACACCAGCGCGGCUACGACCGGGGAUACCGGUACCAGUCGGGCGGCAGGUACGCUGCGGGGCCCGGCGGCGGCGGCGGCAGCACCAGAAGCAGGGGGCUUGAUUGGUCCUCACAGUCCGGACUGGACCCGCUGCCCAAGAGAACCAAGCCCUCCUACUUGGCCGUGGACCGUGAGAACCAAAUCAUCGGCUACGUGGUGCCCAUCUUCAGGAGCAGUCAAGAGUUUGCGGCGGGAUAUUCGGACAAGACGAGACUGCGGGACACUGCCGCCUACAUGGAGAGCCGCGAUAUGUUCACCAGCGGUCUGGAGAUGGAACGGUCAGAGCAGAGCUCCAGGAAGGAGGCCAUGCGCGAGACGGCCCAGCGUAUCUCCUUUAAUAAAACGAUCCACGAACAUGAGGAGCAUUUCAAGCGCAUGAACGAAGACAGCCUGAUGCACGUCCCGGAGUUCAUCAUCAAGCCUCGCUCGCACACCGUGUGGGAGAAGCAGUCCGUGAGGCUGCACUGUACCGUCAGUGGAUGGCCAGACCCCCGAGUCGUUUGGUACAAAAAUAAUGUGGCCAUUGACCCACUUGCCAAUGCUGGCAAGUACAAAAUCGAAGGCAAAUACAGUGUGCACUCACUGGAGAUCAACAGGUGCGAUUUUGAGGACACGGCCCAGUAUCGCGUCUCAGCCAUGAACGUCAAGGGGGAGGUGUCCGCCUUCGCCUCAGUCGUUGUAAAAAGGUUUAAAGGGGAAGUGGAUGAGUUCCUGCCUGCACCGAGACGGACCGGUGUGAAAGAUGGUCCCGUGUCCGAGUAUGGCAUUACCUUCCAGACCCACAUCGUUGACAAGUUUGGCGUGUCCUUCGGCAGGGAGGGUGAGACGAUGAGCUUGGGGUGCACGGUCAUCAUCUACCCGACCCUGCACCGCUACCAGCCCGAAGUGCAGUGGUACAGAGACGGCAUUCUCCUGUCCCCGUCCAAGUGGAACCACAUGCACUGGAGCGGCGACCGAGCCACACUGACCCUCACACACCUGAACAAAGAGGACGAAGGGCUCUACACUCUUCGCGUCACCACCAAGUCCGGAUCCAAAACCUACUCCGCCUACGUCUUUGUGAGGGAUGCUGACACCGAGGUGGAAGGAGCACCAGGGGCCCCCCUGGAUGUGUGCUGCCUGGAUGCCAACAAGGACUACAUCAUAGUCUCCUGGAAGCAGCCGGCGGUCGACGGCGGCAACUCAAUCCUGGGUUACUUUGUAGACAGGUGUGAGGUAGGGACAACCCAGUGGAUCCAGUGCAACGACACUCCCAUCAAGUUUGCCCGAUUCCCAGUCACCGGAUUGGUCGAAGGCCGCUCCUAUACUUUCCGCGUACGUGCCGUCAACAAGAGCGGCAUGAGCCGUCCUUCCCGGGUGUCCGAACCCGUGGCCGCCAUGGACCCGGCUGACCGCGCCCGCAUGAGAGGUACCUCUGCUCCUUGGACUGGCCAGAUCAUCGUCACAGAGGAGGAACCUGCAGAGGGUAUUGUUCCUGGGAGACCUCAUGAACUGCAGGUGACAGAAGCAACCAGGAACUACUUGGUGCUCAGCUGGAAGCCACCUGGCGAGAAAGGCCUGGAAGGUGUCAUGUACUAUGUGGAGAAGUGUGUCUCAGGCACAGACAGCUGGCAAAGGGUGAACACGGAGAUUCCGGUUAAGUCGCCUCGUUUUGCACUGUUUGACCUGGCCGAGGGAAACUCCUACUGCUUCCGUGUCCGCUGCUGCAACGCCGCCGGCGUCGGCGAGCCAUCUGACCCCACCGAAGCCACCACGGUCCGCGACAAGCUCGACACUCCAUCUGCUCCGAGCAAAGUCGUCCCCACGAGGAACACGGACACUUCGGUGGUGGUAUCCUGGGAAGCGUCCCUUGACGCCAAAGAGUUGGUGGGCUACUACAUCGAGGCGAGCAUCGUGGGCAGCAAUGUCUGGGAGCCGUGCAACAAUAAACCCGUCAACGUGACCAGGUUUAUCUGCCACGGCCUGAUGACGGGAGAGAAGUAUGUGUUCAGAGUGAGGGCCGUGAACGCCGCAGGACUCAGUCAGUUCUCUCCGGAAUCAGAGCCUGUGGAGGUGAAGGCUGCGAUCGCGUCGCCUGCGCCGCCAUUCGGCAUCAGCGUGCUGGAGUGCGUACGUGACUCCAUGGUGCUGGCGUGGAAGCAGCCCACCUUCAUCGGAGGCGCCGAUAUCAGCGGAUACUUUGUGGACUACCGCGAGGUCGUCGAUGGCGUGGCGGGAAAGUGGCACGAGGCCAACAUCAGAGCGGUCAGCGAGCGCGCCUACAGGGUGACCGACCUGAAGGAGAACAAGAAGUACCAGUUCCAGGUUCGGGCGGCCAACAUCGCGGGCGUCGGCAUCCCGUCGCUUCCAAGUGACACGUUCCUGUGCGAAGAGUGGACCAUCGCGGUUCCAGGACCUCCUCACGAUCUGCAGCUGCGGGAGGUGCGAGCCGACUCCAUGGUGUUGCUUUGGAGACCUCCGGUGUACCAAGGGCGCAAUCCCGUCAACGGCUUCUAUGUAGACAUGAAGGAGGCCGAAGCCCCAGAGGAAGCAUGGAGAGGACUCAACACCAAGGCCACCCAGAACACCUUCUUCAAGGUGAAGAACCUGAAGGAGGAAGAGACGUACGUAUUCCGCGUGCGAGCUCAGAACCAAGCCGGAGUGGGGAAGACCUCGGAUAUCUCCGAUCCAGUCCAAGCUGCGACCAAGCCAGGCACCAAGGAGAUCGUGGUGGACGUGGACGACGACGGCGUCAUCUCUCUCAACUUCGAAUGCGCCGACAUGACCCCCGACUCCAAAUUCGUGUGGUCCAAGAACUACGAGGACAUGGACGACUCUUCACGCUUGACCGUGGAAACCAAAGGGAACAAAUCCAAAGUCAUGUUCAAGUCACCUGGAGAGGAAGACAUCGGUAUUUAUUCAUGUAUGGUCACCCACACUGAUGGUGCUUCGUCCAGCUACACCAUCUCACCCGACGAGUUGAAGAGACUGCUGGAGAUCAGCCGUGAUCACAAGUUCCCCACUAUUCCCCUAAAGUCCAAUUUGGCCGUGGAGAUGUUGGAGAAGGGCAAAGUUCGCUUCUGGCUGCAGGCCGAGCAGAUUUCAGCUAACGGCAAAGUGGACUACGUGUUCAACGACAACGUGGUGGCUCAGGGCGAGAAAUACAAGAUGAGCUUUGACAAGAACACGGGCGUGGUUGAGAUGAUCAUGGAGUCUCUGAUGCCGGAGGAUGAAGGCACCUUCACCUUCCAGAUGCAGGACGGAAAAGCCACCAACCAGUCCAGCUUGGUACUCAUAGGAGACGUAUUCAAGGAUCUGCAGAAGGAAUCUGAGUUCCAGAGGAAAGAAUGGUUCAGAAAACAAGGUCCUCACUUUAUUGAGUAUUUAGCUUACGAGGUCACUCCAGAAUGUUGUGUGGUGCUCAAGUGCAAGGUGGGAAACAUAAAGAAAGAGACGUCAGCGCUGUGGUACAAGGACGGACGGGAGAUCAAGGCGGACGAAAAUCUGGGCUUCACCGAGGGCGUCCUCAAACUGGAAAUUGCGCAGAUUUCCAAGAAGGACGCCGGCGUGUACGAGAUGGUCUUGAAGGACGACCGGGGAAAAGACACGUCCAAGUUAAAUCUGACUGACCAAUGUUUCAAAAACCUGAUGAACGAAGUCUUCAACUACAUCGCUAACUCGUCCACACCAUUGAAGAUCACUAGCACGGAUCAGGGCAUUCGCCUCUACACCUUCGUCAGCUACUACAACGACCUGCUGCCGGUCACGUGGCAUUACAAAGAUUCAGCCAUCGCCUUCUCGGACCGUCUGAAGAGCGGCGUGGUGGGCGAACAGUUGUGGCUGCAGAUUAGCGAGCCCACUGAGAAGGACAUGGGCAAGUACGCCAUCGAGUUCAACAUCAACGACGGCAGGGGCGGCCUGAGGAGGACCGUGGAGCUGUCGGGUCAAGCCUAUGAGGACGCUUUGGCGGAAUUCAAGAGACUCAAAGCGGCUGCGAUUGCAGAAAAAAAUCGCGCUCGAGUGGCAGGUGGCCUUCCCGACGUGGUCACUAUCCAGGAGGGCAAGGCGCUCAACCUCACCUGCAACAUCUCGGGCGAUCCGCUGCCCCAGGUGACGUGGCUGAAGAACGACAGGGAGCUGACGUCGAACGAGCACUGCAUCCUCCGCUUCGAGUCGGGCAAGUUCGCCAGCUUCACCAUCACGGCGGUGAGCACGGCCGACACGGGCAAGUACAGCAUCCUGGUGAAGAACAAGCACGGCACGGAGAGCGCGGAAUUCACCGUAAGUGUCUUCAUCCCCGAGGAGGUGGCCGGCCGCAAACAAUGAGCAAAUCUCCUCCUGAAUGUGUGUACUCGGAAAAAACUACAGCAACAAAGGGGUUGUGUUGAGAUUUUUGUGUUGAAAUUGGUGCUGAAUGUGUUGUCAGAACUUGGGUGCGUUAGUAGGGCGAUGGCUUUAUACUGGUUUCAAAUGUUUGGAUUGAGAGGAGAAUGUCUCACUAUUUGUUUGUAAAACCUACGUGGACUAAUUGUUGUAUUUGUUUUAUUUAUUUCUGUUAGCGCAACACAACAUCCCUCACGAUAGCGACUGUUAAUACAUGUUUUACCCUUUUUCUCCAAAGGGGUCAGAACUUCUUUGCUCACAGCCCGCUAAAUAUGACCUGAAUUUCAAAAUAUUCAAAUAAGAAAUGUCACCAUAGCAGUCUUUGGUGAAAACGAUGACACGAUAUGUUGCGACGUUUGCUUUUCGCUGUCUCGCUCGCAAUUUAUAACUUGAGAAAUUCAUACGGGUCAAAGAUUUAAGGUUGAGUUGGAAAGUUACAGUCGCAGCAAAGUCAAACAAGUCAAACACACACAAAAAAAAAAACAACAACAAUCUUCUCUCAAUAUUUAUCCGAUGGUCUCCAAACUUGGUGGACGUAUAGAAUGCAGAUCAACGCUUGACUGAAUAGUUUUUGGUGGCGGUUGACUUUGACCUCGGGGAGCUGGCCUUAACUGAAUGUUUGCUAGUAACAACAUAUAAAAUAAGUUUGGAACAAACAACAUCGAGUCAUAUGUCAUAUUAAAGCCCAUAAAGAGGGCUUUACAUAUAUGUGAUUAUUUUGUCAAUAUGCUAUUAUAUACGGCUGCAAUGACCACAACACCUUAAAUCAAACACAAAAUCAGUUGAUAUUCACCACAGAUCUAAAUCUGCAUUUUGUCUGAGCAAAAAUGAGAAGUCUGACAAUAUUUGUAGUAAAAUGGUGUAAAACAUGAUCAUGUUCACCAGAUUAUGUUGUGUGUCAAUUUAAAUGUUGUGAUCAUCAACUUCCACUUUGUGCCCGUUCAAUGUGAAGAUCACCACGGCGAUGGAAGCCACC